CAUGUAAACCUUGCAUCGCAGAUCAAUUUGCGAGUAUAUUGUGCAGUGAUAGGGGUAACCCCGAGACUUUUUUUCUCAUCAGAACACAGAAAUGCAGAGGAUGUGCUUCUGGAGGAUCACCCUAGACCACUGAGUUCACCUGCUUACAAUUCUGUUUUUGCCGCAUAUGAGGAAGAAGAACAUAUCGAUGCGCUUCAAUGGAGCUUGCGUAACUUUCAAUCUAUUCGUGACCUGUCCAGAGUGUCCACAGCAAGACCGGUGAAGCACAACACAGCCAUAAGUAAUUUUGGAUAUCGGAUGUGGAUUUACGGUCGUCUCAGCAGUCUU